CGCGUAUAUUUCCACUUCCGAAACGAUUGAUCUUGGACUGAGUUUUGCUUUCGGCUGGAUAUUCGCUCUAGAUUUUUUUAUUAUUAUUAUGUUCGUUCGGCGUCCAAAAUCAGUCACUCGGGUGGUAGGUACAUGAUCCACUGCGUAAUAGCAAUGGCACCGUGAUAGGUAAACGAGGUACGGUGGACAGAAACUGUGGUCUUCUCUUCGGUCGUUGCAUCCGCUCUGGGACGACGACGCUGUUGCUCCAAAAGGACUUCAACUACCACACGCGGAUAUCCAGCAUACGAGAUCGAGAUUCCGUUCUGUUCAAGGAAACGCGUGCGGUGGAUAGUAUUUUCGGUAUAUAAACUCAUGUGAGAUGUCAUGACGCUGUCAUUCGCUUAGGGUUUCAACUUGUGACACAUCACGACUGGACUGUUUAUUCAAUGGCGUUCAAAUUCAUCCCUCUGUUUGCCUUGUUGGCAGCUGUAUCAGCUCAAUACCAUUCAGGAUUCCACGCACAAACCCCCAUAUAUCAUCAGCAACCUCUGGCAAAAGGAUUUGUUCAACCUGCCGUUGUGAAAACCGUUGCCCAACCUGCAUAUCUGAAGACUGUUGUGGCUCAACCAACGUACGUGAAGACAGUUGCCCAGCCGACCUAUGUUAAAGCCGUUGCCCAGCCGACUUAUGUGAAAACCGUUGCACAACCCACCUACGUUAAGCAAGUCGAAGAGUACGCUCCUCCUCACUACGAAUUCUCCUACUCGGUGCAUGAUGAGCAUACCGGAGAUAUCAAGAGCCAACAUGAAACCCGCCAUGAAGAUAAGGUACAGGGACAGUACACCCUGCUUGAUGCCGAUGGCCAUCACCGCGUUGUAGACUAUACCGCCGAUGACCACAACGGAUUCAACGCCGUCGUACGCCGUGAGCCCAUCGGUGUUAAGGUUGCCCAGCCGGUGACCAAAGUGCUCGCCCAGCCUGUGCACAAAGUUGUGGCUCAGCCAGCUUACUACUCCAGCCAUUACUGAGAGAGAAAUGAGAAAAUUAUCCGCCAUUCGCUUAGUCAUUCGCCGAUCAUCACAUCCUCUAGGGUAGGUAGUUAAAUUUUCGAAAAUACAUUUUGUUGAUCAAGUUA